AUGGAAAUAAAUAAUAAUAAUAAAUUAGAAAGUUCUUCAUAUCAACAACGAAUAUUAAUUACUGGUAUUUCAGGUUUAAUUAGAAAUAUUUUAUUUAAUUAUUUAAUAAAAAAAUAUUCAACAAAAUAUGAAAUCUUUGGACUUGAUCAACAUUUGAAUAUGUCAAUAGAUAAAUUCUUUCAAUGUGAUGUAACUGAUAGAAUAAAAUUACAUAAAAUUAUUGAAGAACAAAAAAUUAACAUAAUUAUUCAUUUAGCAGCUCAACUUGAAAACUAUCCUGAUAUUGAAAUGAUAUCACAUGUUAAUAUUGAUGGAACAAAAAAUAUUUUUGAAGCUCCGGGUGUUCGCCGUAUAAUAUAUGCAAGUACAAUAAGGACAGUUUUUGGUUAUCUUAAUUAUGAACCAUAUCUUUCAAUUCGUAAAGAAACUUUUGAUGAUAUAACAAUGUUAAAAAAUCUUCAAAAAUUAACUAUAUCAAAUAAUCCACCUUUACCUGAUACUCAAACAUCUGGUCAUGAAGUAUAUUCUCAAAAUAAUCAACCAGGAAAUACAUGGUCUCGAACUGUAUGGUUAAGUCAUCGAGAUCUAUGUUUAUUUAUUGAUAAAGUAUUACAAGCUCCUGAUAAUAUUAGUGGUAUAUACUUUCUUACAUCGAAUAAUCAUCGUCGUUGGGUUGAUUUAGAUGAUGCUAAAAGAGAUUUUGAUUUUGUACCACAAGAUGGAGCUGAAAAAUUAUAA